GUCUAGCCAAGAUAUUAAUUGUGCACUACAGCAGUGCUAACACAGCAUGGUGUUGGAGAGUGGCCCUUGGUCUCUACAGAAGUGUUGUUGCCUGGGGUUCCGGAAUGAUGGCCAUUGAGGCCAAAAAUGCAGCUGAAACCGCGCCCAUCUGCAUGCUAUACUCAUCCAUUACCCACCCACCACUACCAGAGACCUCUGUCCCGGCAGUUUUGCAACAACUACAACCGUCUUGGUCACUGGCACCUGCCUUCUCUGUUCCCGGCUACAUAAAGCUUCUGUUUCUAGCUUCCCUAUUUCUGCCCCCAAGUGAAGAUUUAAUGAAUGGUGCUUCUGCAUCUAGUAACCUAAGGGCAGCGUUUUCCCAUUGCGUACAACAAGUGCGAAGUUAUGAUUAUCAUCACUAUCUUUGCCUUCUUGAGCUGCCUUCAUCCAUGCGGAAGGCUGCAUUUGCACUCCGAGCCUUGAAUGUUGAAACAUCUAGAGCUAUAGAUAUUGCUUCAGAUCCCAGGAUUGGCCUUAUGCGUCUUGUCUGGUGGCAGGAAGCCAUAGACAAAAUGUUCGCCAAUAAAUUGAUUGAACACCCAACAGCACAGGCUCUGUCAUCUGUGAUAGCUGAGACCAAACUCAGCAAAAUAUGGUUGAAACGAUCCGUUGAGGCUCGGAUCAAUGAUGCAAGAAGAGAGGUUACUGACAUGCUAGAAACUAUUGAAGAGUUGGAGAAAUAUGCCGAGGACACUGUAUCGACUAUGCUGUACCUGACACUUCAAGCAGGUGGUAUCAAGUCUACUGCAGCUGAUCAUGCAGCAUCACAUAUCGGCAAAGCCAGUGGCAUUCUCUUGCUCCUUAAAUCACUGCCCUAUCAUGCCACUCGCAACGGACAUUUUUCUUACAUCCCAACUGCAAUAGCAUCCAAGCAUGGGCUAAUAGUUAAGCAGGGAGGUGGGGCACAGAGAUGGGUGGAUUCUCGUGAGGACCUUUAUGAUGCAGUGUAUGAAAUGGCAUCAGUAGCCAAUGCACACUUAGAAAAGGCUCGGAAGUUAGCUGCAAGUGUGCCUGCUGAGGCUCUUCCAGUGCUCCUUCCAGCAGUGCCUUCUCAGGUUCUCUUGGAUUCCCUUAGAAAGGUCCAAUUUGAUGUGUUUGAUUCAAGACUAACACGAGGGGUGCUGGGAAUACCACCUUUGUGGUACCAGCUCAAACUCAAGUGGACUUCAUGGAGAAGGAAAUACUAA